AUGGCUGAAACUUUCGCCUUCAAUGCUGACAUCCAGCAGUUGAUGUCCUUGAUCAUCAACACCUUCUAUAGCAACAAGGAGAUUUUCCUGCGCGAGCUGAUCUCCAACGCGUCCGACGCCUUGGACAAGAUCCGGUAUGAGAGCAUCACCGACCCUGAGAAGAUUGAGGCCCAGCCGAAUUUCUUCAUCAAGAUCGUCCCGGACAAGACCAACUCGACCCUGACGAUCGAGGACUCGGGCAUCGGCAUGACCAAGACGAAGCAGACAACGUUGGCCCUGUGCACGAGUUCAACCUCGCUCGCGAAGCCUGUAUGGCGGGCCUGGACUGCGUUCGGAGACGCGGCCAGUGGCACGCCCGCCCGCGCGCUGUUCGGACUUUCGAACGAGCUCAUCAACAAUCUGGGCACCAUCGCCAAGAGCGGCACAAAGGCCUUUAUGGAGGCAAUGGCCGCGGGUGGCGAUAUCUCCAUGAUCGGACAGUUCGGCGUCGGCUUCUACAGUGCCUACCUUGUUUCCGACAAGGUUCGCGUGAUCAGCAAGCACAAUGACGACGAGCAGUACAUCUGGGAGUCUGGUGCCGGUGGAUCCUUUACUGUGCAGAAGGACACAGAGCUCGUGCACGGCGAGAUCAAGCGCGGCACCAAGAUCAUCUGCUACCUCAAGGAGGACCAGUCUGAGUUCCUGGAGGAGCGACGCCUCAAGGACUUGGUGAAGAAGCACUCUGAGUUUAUUGGCUUCCCGAUCGAGCUCUAUGUCGAGAAGUCCAAGGAGAAGGAGGUCACCGAUUCCGAGGAGGAGGAAGAGGAGAAGAAGGAGGAUGCCGGAGACGAACCCAAGAUUGAGGAAGUGGAUGAAGAGAAGGAGAAGGAGGAGAAGAAAAAGAAGACGAAGAAGGUGAAAGAGGUGUCCCACGAGUGGGAGCAGCUGAACAAGAACAAGCCCUUGUGGAUGCGCAAGUCUGAGGACGUCACUAACGAGGAGUAUGCUAGCUUCUACAAGUCCUUGUCCAACGACUGGGAGGACCACCUUGCAGUGAAGCACUUCAGCGUUGAGGGCCAGUUGGAGUUCCGUGCCCUGCUGUUUGUGCCUCGCCGUGCGCCUUUCGACCUUUUUGAGACCAAGAAGAAGCGCAACAACAUCAAGUUGUACGUGCGCCGAGUGUUCAUCAUGGACGACUGUGAUGAGCUCAUGCCGGAGUGGCUCAACUUUGUGAAGGGUGUGGUGGAUUCCGAGGAUUUGCCUCUGAACAUCUCCCGUGAGACGCUCCAGCAGAACAAGAUCCUGCGAGUGAUCAAGAAGAAUCUUGUGAAGAAGUGCCUGGAGAUGUUCGCGGAAAUUGCUGAGAAGAAGGACGAUUACAAGAAGUUCUACGAGCAGUUUGGCAAGUGCCUGAAGCUGGGCGUGCACGAGGACUCGACGAACCGCACCAAGGUCGCGGAGCUCUUGCGAUUCCACACCUCCAAGUCGGGCGACGAGCAGAUCAGCCUGAAGGAGUACGUGGACCGCAUGAAGGAGGGCCAGAACGACAUCUACUACAUCACGGGUGAGAGCAUCCAGGCGGUGUCUUCGUCGCCCUUCCUGGAGACCCUGCGCAAGAAGGGCAUCGAGGUGAUCUACAUGACGGACCCCGUGGAUGAGUACUGCGUGCAGCAGCUGAAGGAGUUCGAUGGCAAGAAGCUGAAGAGCACCACCAAAGAAGGUCUGGACAUUGACGACGAGGACGAGAAGAAGAAGUUGGAGGAGCUGAAGGCGGAGUUCGAGCCGCUGACGAAGCUGAUGAAGGAGGUGCUGGGUGACAAGGUUGAGAAGGUCAUGGUGAGCUCUCGCAUGGCUGACUCUCCUUGCGUGCUGACCACCUCCGAGUAUGGCUGGUCUGCCAACAUGGAGCGUAUCAUGAAGGCGCAAGCCCUUCGCGACAACUCCAUGACAUCUUACAUGGUCUCCAAGAAGACUAUGGAAGUGAACCCAAAGCACUCCAUCAUGUCUGAGCUGAAGAAGAAGGCAGCGGCCGACAAGUCUGACAAGACGGUGAAGGACCUGAUCUGGCUGUUGUUCGACACCUCGCUUCUCACCUCUGGCUUCAACCUGGAUGAGCCUACACAGUUUGCAGGCCGCAUCCAUCGCAUGAUCAAGCUCGGCCUCAGCAUCGAUGACGACGACGAGGGCCUGGGCGAUGAUGACGAUUUGCCUCCGCUGGAGGAGGUUGAGGGCGCGGCCGACGAGGCUUCCAAGAUGGAGGAGGACAGAAUCGAACAGAAGGCACGCUUUGGCCGCGACAUUCUCAUGGCUGAAACUUUCGCCUUCAAUGCUGACAUCCAGCAGUUGAUGUCCUUGAUCAUCAACACCUUCUAUAGCAACAAGGAAAUCUUCCUGCGCGAGCUGAUUUCCAACGCAUCCGAUGCCUUGGACAAGAUCCGGUAUGAGAGCAUCACCGACCCUGACAAGAUUGAGGCCCAGCCGAAUUUCUUCAUCAAGAUCAUCCCGGACAAGACCAACUCGACCCUGACGAUCGAGGAUUCAGGCAUCGGCAUGACCAAGAACGAGCUCAUCAACAAUCUGGGCACCAUCGCCAAGAGCGGCACAAAGGCCUUUAUGGAGGCAAUGGCCGCGGGCGGUGAUAUCUCCAUGAUCGGACAGUUCGGCGUCGGCUUCUACAGUGCCUACCUUGUUUCCGACAAGGUGCGCGUGAUCAGCAAGCACAAUGACGACGAGCAGUACAUCUGGGAGUCUGGUGCCGGUGGAUCCUUUACUGUGCAGAAGGACACAGAGCUCGUGCACGGCGAGAUCAAGCGUGGCACCAAGAUCAUCUGCUACCUCAAGGAGGACCAAUCUGAGUUCCUGGAGGAGCGACGCCUCAAGGACUUGGUGAAGAAGCACUCUGAGUUUAUUGGCUUCCCGAUCGAGCUCUAUGUCGAGAAGUCCAAGGAGAAGGAGGUCACCGAUUCCGAGGAGGAGGAAGAGGAGAAGAAGGAGGAUGCCGGAGACGAACCCAAGAUUGAGGAAGUGGAUGAAGAGAAGGAGAAGGAGGAGAAGAAAAAGAAGACGAAGAAGGUGAAAGAGGUGUCCCACGAGUGGGAGCAGCUGAACAAGAACAAGCCCUUGUGGAUGCGCAAGUCUGAGGACGUCACUAACGAGGAGUAUGCUAGCUUCUACAAGUCCUUGUCCAACGACUGGGAGGACCACCUUGCAGUGAAGCACUUCAGCGUUGAGGGCCAGUUGGAGUUCCGUGCCCUUUUGUUUGUGCCUCGCCGUGCGCCUUUCGACCUUUUUGAGACCAAGAAGAAGCGCAACAACAUCAAGUUGUACGUGCGCCGAGUGUUCAUCAUGGACGACUGUGAUGAGCUCAUGCCGGAGUGGCUCAACUUUGUGAAGGGUGUGGUGGAUUCCGAGGAUUUGCCUCUGAACAUCUCCCGUGAGACGCUCCAGCAGAACAAGAUCCUGCGAGUGAUCAAGAAGAAUCUUGUGAAGAAGUGCCUGGAGAUGUUCGCGGAAAUUGCUGAGAAGAAGGACGAUUACAAGAAGUUCUACGAGCAGUUUGGCAAGUGCCUGAAGCUGGGCGUGCACGAGGACUCGACGAACCGCACCAAGGUCGCAGAGCUCUUGCGAUUCCACACCUCCAAGUCGGGCGACGAGCAGAUCAGCCUGAAGGAGUAUGUGGACCGCAUGAAGGAGGGCCAGAACGACAUCUACUACAUCACGGGUGAGAGCAUCCAGGCGGUGUCUUCGUCGCCCUUCCUGGAGACCCUGCGCAAGAAGGGCAUCGAGGUGAUCUACAUGACGGACCCCGUGGAUGAGUACUGCGUGCAGCAGCUGAAGGAGUUCGAUGGCAAGAAGCUGAAGAGCACCACCAAAGAAGGGCUGGACAUUGACGACGAGGACGAGAAGAAGAAGUUGGAGGAGCUGAAGGCGGAGUUCGAGCCGCUGACGAAGCUGAUGAAGGAGGUGCUGGGUGACAAGGUUGAGAAAGUCAUGGUGAGCUCUCGCAUGGCUGACUCCCCUUGCGUGCUGACCACCUCCGAGUAUGGCUGGUCUGCCAACAUGGAGCGUAUCAUGAAGGCGCAAGCCCUUCGCGACAACUCCAUGACAUCUUACAUGGUCUCCAAGAAGACUAUGGAAGUGAACCCAAAGCACUCCAUCAUGUCUGAGCUGAAGAAGAAGGCAGCGGCCGACAAGUCCGACAAGACAGUGAAGGACCUGAUUUGGCUGUUGUUCGACACCUCGCUCCUCACCUCUGGCUUCAACCUGGAUGAGCCUACGCAGUUUGCAGGCCGCAUCCACCGCAUGAUCAAGCUCGGCCUCAGCAUCGAUGACGACGAUGAGGGCCUGGGCGAUGAUGACGAUUUGCCUCCGCUGGAGGAGGUUGAGGGCGCGGCCGACGAGGCUUCCAAGAUGGAGGAGGUCGACUAG